UGACUCUAUAGCAAAAUAUGAAAAUUCCCAUUUUCUCAUUUAUUUCAAAAGAUUUGUGCAUCUAUACUAAUCUAUUAAAAGACAUUCUUAAGAAUGUUUAUAUGCCACAUAAACCCCUUUUCAUUACGCCACGUCACCUACUCAACCUUUUAUUAUGUCACAUCACCAAUCAAUCAACUUUAAUUACGCCACAUCACCUACUUAACCUCUCAUUAUUAUACCACAUCACCACUCAAUCAAUUCGAACACCCAACUUCUUAUAAGAAGGAUGAUUAUUUAACUAUCUAAGUCAAUUAUCAUGUUAUAAACAUGAAAAUAAAUGUAUAUAAUUGCAAAUCACAAGGUCUAAUCAAAAAAAGAAAAAAAAAAGAUAUCAUAAUUAUCAAAUACAUAUAUAAUUACAAGGUUUAAUUAAAGUAAUAAUCUGGUGCAACGCCCGGACUACACACUAGUUUAAUAUGAAAAAUCUGUUCAUACAACAUUUCUUAUUCAACUUAUUAUAAGGAUAUUUUCAUUUUAUAUCCUUGCAAUUAUUUCUUAACAGAGGAAGUAUAAUUUUUGUUUUGUUUUUUUUUUAGGUUAGCAUUGAAAAAGCCUGUUAUAAAUUUCCUAUCUCCACUGUCAUUGAAAAAGACACCAUAAUCAAAGACAACCUACAAAACUAUUAGACCAUUUGGAAAUUUCUACACAUAAAAUUUUCUUUUACAAAAAAGCAAAAAGAACAUUAAAAAUUUGAAAAUUGAUCAUCAUUAAUUUCUUCUUAACAUCAAUAUUUUUCCAAAUUUACAUCAUUUUUUUCUACCAUCAGAAAAAAGAGAAAAAAAAAAAAAUAGAAACAAUUCAUCAACAAUGGAGAAAGAUAUAUUGUUUAGAAAAUACCAGAUCGGAAGAAUGCUCGGAAUUGGUGGGUUCGCGAAAGUGUAUCUCGCAAUGAACAUCCACACCGGCCAAAAGGUGGCGAUCAAAGUCAUAAGCAAGCAGAAAAUCAAUGAGAAAAAUCUAAUGUCCAACAUCAAAAGAGAAAUAACCAUCAUGGGCCGUCUUCGACACCCGAACAUCGUUCGGUUGUACGAAGUUUUAGCCUGUAAACGAAAGGUCUAUUUCAUUAUUGAGCUAGCCAAAGGCGGCGAGCUUCAGGCUUGGAUAAAGGACAAUCAACGUUUUAGCGAAGAGCUCAGCCGAAUGUAUUUCCAACAGCUAAUCUCAGCUGUUGGAUACUGUCAUUUCAGAGGUGUGUAUCAUCGUGAUCUGAAACCUCAAAAUCUUCUGCUCCAUGAUGGGAACCUUAAAGUCUCCGAUUUCGGGCUUGGUGCUAUUAGGCUUCUUAAGGACAGACAGGAUCAGUUGUUACGCACGCGAUGCGGGACGCCUGCGUUCGUGGCACCAGAGGUGUUACAGAGACGAGAAUAUGAUGGUGCUAUGGUUGAUAUUUGGGCAUGUGGGGUGAUAUUAUUUAUUCUUACUGCUGGAUAUUUACCAUUCGAUCUUCCUAACAGAAUGGCUAUGUACAGAAGAAUAAUGGAAGGAAAAUUGUUCUGUCCUAAAUGGAUGUCUUCUGAUCUAAUUCGGUUUUUGGGUCGUUUACUUGAAAAGAACCCGAAAACAAGGAUCACUAUUGAUGAGAUUGUUCAUGACCCUUGGUUCAAGAAAGGUGGCUUGUUUAAAGGCAAAGGUCCCGAGUACAAGUUCCCAUUUUACCAUGAUAAUUAUGGUGAGGAAUUUGAUACUUCUGCUUUACAACCACAGCAGCAGCAGCAGGUGGCUGCACCCGAGGCGAGCAGCAGUUCAGGUAUAACACUGAAUGCAUUCGAUUUAAUUGGAUUAUCAUCAGGUCUAGAUUUGUCGGGUUUGUUCAACGAGUUUUAUGAUCCAUUCGAGGAUAGUGAGAAGUUUUUUUCACUUGUGCCUGUGGGCAAGAUCCUUGACACCAUCGAGGAGGUUGCGGACGAGCUGGACUUGCAGGUCCGCAGGAGGAAGAAGUAUGGUGUUGCAGACUUGGUUGGGCCUAAGGGUGAUUUCAUUGCCAGGGUAGAGAUUGAUCGACUAACUGAACGAUUGGUAAUUGUUGAAUUGAAGAUAAAAGGAGGAGAUUUUGUAUCUGACAAUGAAAUUUGGAAGAAAAAGCUGAUACCUAAACUUUCUGGGUUAGUUUAUAGAAUUCCUAAAUCAGAACCUUCAGAAGAAGAAAAGGAUACUAAACAUGAUGAUGAACAAAAGGAUACUAAACAUGAUGAUGAACAAAAGGAUACUAUACACGAUGAUGAAAUUACCCUUGCUGUUUCCGUUGAUCAAUUGACAAUCGAGCACACACAGGUAAUUAGUUAAUUACCAGUUAUAUACUCGUAAUAUAAAAUUCUUUUGGACGUUUUCAACAUUGACACCGACAACUACAAGUUUUGGGAAGUUUGUAGGAAAUUCGGUAUGAUAUCGAAUUUGGGAAAUGGAAAAUUAUUGUUUGUGCAUUUUGUGUAUAUCAUAGAUGAAUUGUGUUAAAAUUCUUUUGUGUGUGUGUUUUACUGAGUUUUUUGAUUUACCAUCAUUGUGGUAAGGAAAAUGAACUUGUAUAGUGGUAUAGAAAUGUAAUGACAUUAUUAUGUAAAUAUUUUCAAUUUCAAUUUCAA